AAUGCGCUCAACACCCAACCAGCCAAUCAAGAGCCGGUUAACGCACUGCGGGGAGAGAGGGAGCGAGAGCACUAAGCAUAGAGAGAGGAGUUUCCUGAUCCUAGUGUGGGAGCAGCAACUAGUGACAGCCUUUGUUUGGCAAAAGCCAGAAGCUCAGAGCUAACCCUGUUGUAUGAGAGUGGACCGUACAGAGGACAUCUACAACCCUCCCUUGAUUUAGCUUCAAGGGAAGGGGCUUGGUCAUCAAGUCAAGUGAGGGUAUUAGGGAUGGUGGAGACUCGACAAACCGGCUUCGUUGCUAACACUUGGGGGUGUGCAGAGGAGAGUCCUUGGGAUUAAGGGCUGGAGGAAGGCUUUCGGCAGGCUGGUGGUAAUCUUUACAGAGAACAAGGAGGGUCUUUAAAUGCCUGAGGUUGACUCCUUUUGACUGCUCGAGAGAGAGAGGUAGGCUGAUGUGACCACAGAGUACACCAAUGGCUUCUCCACCCCCCCCACCCCCUCCAACCUCAGUGCCUAUGUCCAACAUGGCCUCUAAGAAUGAGGAGGAAGAGGAAGGUAUGAAGUUUGACUUUGACAACAGUGACGAAGAGUGCAGUACGACACCAGCGAACUCUGUCUCUAUCAUGGCCAAGGGCUUUGAAGCCACUGUGAUGGCGGGGCUUGCAUCAAAAAGGAACACAAUGGGCCCUAGUUCUGCCCAAGACCCAACAGUAAAGCCAAGGCUCAAUGGAUGGCCGUCUGCUGGAAAGGAGGACCAGAGCAUGCACUCACUCCCUCAUUCCAAUAGCUCAGAGAUGGCUGGAAGAAGGUCUCCUGAGGGCCGCUCUGAGCUGGGACUGUCAGGAGACACAGAGGGCUCCGGGAGAAGAAAUAGCAUUUAUGAAGCAGGAUCUAUGAAUGAGUGCUACUACACCCCUAUCUUAAAGGCUGACCACAUAGACACUCAGACAGGGAAACCUCCCCCUAUUCCUGAUGUAGGAGGUCCAGGUGAUGCAGCAAGUCCUGAAAAUGUGUCUAGUCCAGAGGGCCUGCAAAGUCCAGAUGGUCUGGCCUGCACAGACAGCCCACCCAGCCCCACCAGUCCCGAUAACGUCAUGACCGAUCCAACCCUCCGCCAUGACAUGACCAACUCGACCAGCCCUGAAGACAUCAUCAUGACUAGUCCAGAGGCCAUCUUUAGGACCAGUCGUCCAGAGGUCAUCUAUGAUGACGUGCCCUGUGAGAGCCUCCUCUCUCCUCUGGAAGAUGACAUCUACGAGGACGUCCAGAGGCCAGAAAGCCAUCAUGGUACCAACAAUGGAUGGAGCGACAGUGAGUUUGAGAGCUAUGAUGAGCAGUCAGACAGCGAGACCAAAAUACCCACUGUUGCCCGAAGCAGUAGUAAGGUCCAGAUGCUGAUGAAAGCAGCGCGAAAUGGCACCAAGGACGGACUGGAAAAGACAAAGUUAGCUAUGAUGCGUAAAGUCUCUUUCCUGCAGAAAAAAGAAACCGCGGAGGAGAGUGAUGAUGACGCUGGUUAUCUGGACGUGAUGGUGUCUGAAGUGAAGCACCCACCGCCCCAGCUGAGCCCUAUGCCAGAGGGGCUUACCACCCAACAGAUUAUCAGACGCCACAUCGUUGGUUCCAUUGUACAAAGUGAGAGGAGUUAUGUGGACUCUCUCAAGAGAAUCUUAGUGGAGUACCAGAAGCCCUUGCUUGAGCCAGAGGCCCGGAUCCUGAGCGAUAAGAAGGUGCGGCCCAUAUUUUACCGGCUGCGGGAGAUCCUGCAGUGCCACUCAAUGUUCCAAAUCGCCCUGGCAUCCCGUGUGGCCGAGUGGGACCUCAGUGAGAAGAUCGGAGACCUCUUUGUGGCCUCGUUUUCCAAGUCAAUGGUACUAGACGUGUACAGCGACUACGUCAACAACUUCACUAACGCUAUGGCGCUCAUCAAGAAAGCCUGCAUUUCCAAGCCAGCUUUCCUGGAGUUUCUCAAGAAGAAGCAAGUGUCAAGUCCUGACAGAAUCACUCUUUAUGGCCUUAUGGUUAAACCAAUCCAGCGCUUCCCUCAGUUCAUCCUGCUGCUACAGGACAUGCUGAAGAACACUCCCCGGGCCCACCCUGACCGCCUGCCCCUGCAGUUGGCCCUCACUGAACUGGAGACGUUGGCCGAGAGGCUGAACGAGCAGAAACGAGUCGCUGACCAGGUCGCUGAAAUCCAGCAGCUGGCACGCAGCAUUGGUGACCGUCAACUGAGCAAGCUCUUGAACUCAGACCAGAGGCAGCUGAUACUGUGUGAGGUACUGAUUGAGACAGUGUACGGGGAGAAAGGACAGGUCCUUAAGUCCAAGGAGCGCAAAGUUUUCCUGCUGAACGACACCCUCAUCUGUGCGAACAUCAACGUCAAAUAUGAGAAUCACGGCACUGAUAAUAUCAUAAAUGAACAAAGGGGUCCCCCUGAUGUCAGCAGUCUAGUUCCCAUUGGUCCUAAAUACACAGUGAAGUGGAGUGCCCCCUUGCUGCAGACGCAGGUAGUGGAGGUGGGACAGGAGAGCUUCCAGAGCAAAGAUACUGGGAAACGGCCAAAUGUUGCUAAUGUUCCAGGUAAAGUGUUCCUGGGACCUCCCAGACUGUACCAGGAGCUGGAGGAGCUACAACACGACCUGUAUGUGGUUGAAAACAUCACCCUGCUGGUGGGGACUUUACAAGGCACCUACCAGAACCUGAACACAACAGUAGGGCAGGACUGGUGCCUUGCACUGCAGAGGCUCAUCCACAUCAAAGAUGAACAGAUCCAGUGUGCCAACAAGUGCCGCCUGCGGCUGGCUGUGCCAGGCAAGCCUGACAAAUCUGGACGACCGGUCAGUUUCAUGGUGGUUUUCAACACUCCCAGUCCCCUCAGCAAGAUCUCCUGGGUCAACCGCCUACACCUCGCCAAGAUAGCCAAGAGGGAAGAGAACACGCCAGGCUGGGUGUUUGCAGAGGAUGAUGGGAAGACUAGACAUCCAUUUUGGUGUCCCCUGCUAGCCUGCCGACUUCCCAUCUUCUCCUCCAAAACACAAGACCAAAAGCUGGAGACUGCGCUUCACAACCCGGUCCAAUGUGCCCUGCUGGCAUUCUCUGCAGCCAGCACCUCUCUGCCACAGGGCUACCUUUGGGUGGCCAGUGGAGGUGACCGCAACCAUGGUCAAGUGGAAAUCUUCUCUCUGAACCGCUCCAUGCCGCGCAUGGUCAAGUCCAUCCAGAUGGGGGCGCCAGUCCUGUGUCUGGAUCACGUGAUGGAGCCUUGUCCCACAGAGGAGGAAGGGGAGGGGGAGGCUGCUGUCAAGAGCACAGCCAGGACUGGCAACACCAUCUGUGUAGGCCUGCAGGAUGGCAACAUUCAUGUGUACGGUACCGUGGACACUUCGACCCAGUGCCUGCUGACCUUCUCCAACCCAGACAGUUGUCCAGUUCUGUGCCUGAAACACUCUGCCUCCUUCCUGUUCGCUGGGCUGGGGAAUGGAAAAGUGUCUGUUUAUGCUCGGAAGAGUGGAGAGGGGCUGUGGGACCCUGAAUCGUGCAGGCUGGUGACUGUGGGUAGUGGCCCCAUCCGCACCCUCCUAACCCUAGAGAAUGCUGUGUGGGCCAGCUGUGCCAACCACGUCACCGUCAUCCAGGGCUCCAGCCUCCACACACAGAGUUUUGACGCGCACCCUGAGCCACUGGUCAGUGUGAGUCACAUGGUGCGGGCGGGGGGAGGGGUGUGGAUGGCCUUUUCCGAGGGCUCGUCCAUCCGCCUGUUCCACACGGAGACACUGGAGCACCUGCAGGAGAUCAACAUCUCCACACGCUCCACCUUCCUCAGCCCAGGGCAGCAGGGCAGCGUCCGGGUCACCAGCCUACUCAUUUGCCAGGGGCUGCUGUGGGUGGGCACUGCCCAAGGCAUCAUCGUCACCCUGCCCGUGCCCAAACUGGAGGGUAUCCCCAAAAUAACAGGUAAAGGGAUGACGUCUCUAAACGCUCACUGUGGCCCUGUGGAUUUCCUUGUGGUCACCUCCAGCACCCUGUCCCCAGACAUGCUCAAACGGGAUUCUGUCUGCGAGACUGCCGACCAGGCCAAUGGGGGAGCGGGAGGAGGAGAGGGUGGGGAGCGGAGGAAUGAAUUGUCCCAGGAGUCACUCUCGCAACCUGACUGCUCCUCCCCUCAGGGAGAGCCCUCCAAGGCCAAGGGAAUGCUGCUUCAGUAUCGCCUCCGCUCAACCACCCAGCUGCCCGGAAAGCUGCUGACAGCCGAACCCGACCAGAGCCCAUGUGACGCCCCACCGGAGACCCCGGAGCACAGCCCUGAGGAUGGCUCUAUCUACGAGCUGAGCGAGGACCCUGAGGUAUGGGUACGGGGGCAGCCCCCGGCCAGGGAGGGGCGUGGGAAGGACAAGGUGACCUCGGCUGCAGUCUUCUCCGGAGGCAGGGGGUUCCGUCGACUUGGGGAGGAGACUAUAGCAGCCAAUGGGGACCCAGAUGAAAGUACGCUCAUGGUUUGGCAACUCCCACUAACAGUGAGUCCAUGAGGAUACAAGACUGAUUGGACGAGACGAGAGCUGGCUCCGCAGGCUCCUCCCACUCGCCUGAUGUAUUGCGUGCUCUAUGAAGAAGAGACUAUUAAACAAUAUAUAUUCAGGAUGACUAGACUGUCAGGAAGGGCUAUACAGGAUGGUACAUUCCUCUACCACCUUGGUGGUUGGAUUUCUGGAUGGAGUCUGAGGGAGUAGUGGUGUGCUGCAAACUGUGUUUGACAUGUUUUCGGACCUCACACACACUCCUCCCAGCAGAUGCUUCUUCAGUCUGGCAGAUCUAGACCAGGGGGUCUCGUCAAAUGGAAUUUGAGGAGGUUCACUCAACAUGAUUUUGCAUUUUGCACGUUCUUGAAAAAAGUAUAAUUGACAAGUGAUUGAAAAGUGACAGUUACGAAUGUUAGAUUUCGAUUUUCUUGUUGUCACUCUAAUUGACUCCUAUUGCCAGUGUAUCACGUGUGUUGCUAACACAGAACAUGACAGCUAAUGUUAAUGUUCGGGUGUAUGGGAGCAUGUUUAUAAAGUACUUCUAAACUCUUUACACCCCCCCCCAAAGGGUACGUUCAUGUAAAGUGUUACCAGUUAACUUAAUGUAAAGUAGAGAUACAGUACACUGACAGGUAUCCCGCUUUUGGGGGAAAAAGAGAAAUCUACAUAUAACAUUUCUCUAAAAAUCAACUUGAUGAUCAACAUACUGUGUAAUAACAUCUUGUCCUGUCUUUCUGUGAGAAUUUUGUCUAAUGUCCUGUUUUCCAUUUCAAUAAUCCAGAAGAUGUGAAGAAGAAGAAAAAGCACCAAGGGAAAGAAUGUCUCAGCUACUUUAUGCUUGACAGGUACUUAUUUUGGACAGUGUGUUUACAGUGUGUUACUUUUGUUAUUUGAAUAAAGAGAUCAUGUUCUGGUACAAGCUAUUUUGCUGAUUUUUGCCAACUCAGUGAAUGCCUUUGGGGAGGCAGUUGAGAUACAAGCUAACAGACUACUAUUAUUAUCUUUGACACCGAGGGGGACGUGUGUGUGUGUCAAAAAAUACAUGUGAAAAGUUUUUUUUUUUACAAACAAAUGUAUGUCAAGUAUUAAAAUACAUUUAAAAAUGCAUACAAAAUAAAUUUGGCCAAUGUUUUUAUAUUU